CGUACGGGGCGGUGCCAUUGGCCGGUCUGCAGACAAGAGGAAGAGAAGAUGAAGGAAGACUGUCUGCCGAGUUCUCACGUGCCCAUCAGUGACAGCAAGUCCAUUCAGAAGUCGGAGCUCUUAGGCCUGCUGAAAACCUACAACUGCUACCAUGAGGGCAAGAGCUUCCAGCUGAGACACCGCGAGGAAGAAGGGACUCUGAUCAUCGAGGGGCUCCUCAACAUUGCCUGGGGGCUGAGGCGGCCCAUCCGACUGCAGAUGCAGGAUGACCGGGAGCAGGUGCACCUCUCCUCCACCUCAUGGAUGCCUAGACGGCCCAACUGCCCUCCAAAGGAGCCAUCGCCCCAGGACGGGAACAUCACAGCCCAGGGGCCAAGCACUCAGCCAGUGCACAAGGCUGAGAGUUCUACAGACAGCUCGGGGCCCCUGGAGGAGGCAGAGGAGGCCCCCCAGCUGAUGCGGACCAAGAGCGACGCCAGCUGCAUAAGCCAGAGGAGGCCCAAAUGCCGUGCCCCCGGUGAGGCCCAGCGCAUCCGGCGACACCGGUUCUCUAUCAAUGGCCACUUCUACAAUCAUAAGACCUCCGUGUUUACUCCGGCCUAUGGGUCCGUGACCAAUGUGAGGGUCAACAGCACCAUGACAACCCUGCAGGUGCUCACCCUGCUGCUGAACAAAUUUAGGGUGGAAGACGGCCCCAGUGAGUUCGCACUCUACAUCGUUCAUGAGUCUGGGGAGCGGACAAAAUUAAAAGACUGCGAGUACCCACUGAUUUCCAGAAUCCUGCAUGGGCCGUGUGAGAAGAUCGCCAGGAUGUUCCUCAUGGAAGCUGACUUGGGCGUGGAAGUCCCCCAUGACGUCGCUCAGUACAUUAAGUUUGAAAUGCCGGUGCUGGACAGUUUUGUUGAAAAAUUAAAAGAAGAGGAAGAAAGAGAAAUAAUCAAACUGACCAUGAAGUUCCAAGCCCUGCGUCUGACGAUGCUGCAGCGCCUGGAGCAGCUGGUGGAGGCCAAGUAACUGGCCAACACCUGCCUCUUCCAAAGUCCCCAGCAGUGGCAGGUGCACACUGAGCCCUGGUGGCUGGCCCCGGCUGGUCACAUUGACUGAUGGCCACUGCCUGAGGAAUGGAGCGCCUGUGCGUCUACCUGUCUGAAGCCUGAGCACCAUGAUUCCCACAGCCAGCUCUUGGCUCCAAGAUGAGCACCCACAGGAAGCCGACCGAGGCCUGUGGGGCUAGGAACUUGCUGGGUCAGAUCUGUGUGGCCAGCGCUGUCCACACCAUGCCUUUCCUGCACUGGAGAGCAGUGCUUGCCCAGCCCCUGCGGCUUUAGCUUCAUCCGCUUGCUCAGUGGCUGUCCCGGAGACCCUGUGGAUCCACAAGCCCCUGUCCUCUUCCUUCAUGUGAAAUUCUUGUCUGCCCUCAUAUCAUGCUGCCCCGCAGGAACACUGUUGGGAAAAGCAGGGCCUGCCAGCAGGUAUGAGAUCUAGCCUGCUUUCAGCCAUCACCUCACCACAGCGUCCCCGGCUUCUAAGCCUCCAAUGUCACCCUGUGAGUCUGGCACAGCUCAGCCCCAGCACAGAGGUAAGACCAGGAAUAAGGCCACAAGUAUCUCACUUUCUCUGCAGAAAUCAGUCUUUACUUCAUCAGAGAGACCUAAAGGGAUUCUUAGAAGGAGCUUGCUGCAAGAAACACGGCCAUUCAGUCACAUUGACGAGGGUCCACAUGGCAUUGAGAGGUUGCUGCCCUGUGUGGAUGAGAGUCCACGGCUGCCCAGCAGCAGCUCCGGAAGGCAGUGUUCAGCCCCAUCACCACUGUCCAGUGGGUGCCUGUAUACCUCUUGCCUUUUCUGGGCUUGUGUUUCUCUCUUCUAGUGGGUGGGGAUGACUUUCAAUACUUCCCCGGAAGGAAGAAUGAUAAGGAGAAAUGUCUGUUUUGAGGAAAGGGCUUUGAAUUCCCUAGGGCCAGAUACUGAACAAUUUGUGUGUGUGACUGAUGGAGAAUUUCAGGAAUGAAUGAGACAGCCUUUGCGAAACUAUGCAACAGUUUACAUCAGUCAUGUGAAGUAUUUGUCUAAAACAGAGCAAACUGAAGACCAAAUUAGUCUCCUGUUGAGGUCCAUGGAUGGCCGAUUUAAAGGGAAGAACCACAAAGGCUUGCAAAGAUAGGAGAAGCUCCAUCUCUAAAGCAUGUAGAAGCUCCUUACAGGUGCCCAUCAAGAGCAGAGCUUGGAAGCCACCAUGCUGUGCGGAACUGUUUGUCAGGGCAAAUGUCACAGCAGGAUUUCCCCAACCCAGCUCCAUCAUCACAGACACAGCUGCAGGGGAGGCCUGUUCACUGUUUUGGCGACUCUGCUCCUUUGGCAGCAUAGAUCCUUAGGUGCUCAAUAAAGGCGUGCUGUAUUGAACUGAAGAA